CAGUCCUGGCGCGGGAUCAAGGAAAAUGAACACUUCACAAAAAAUUCAUAGAAUUUGUCGAUUUUGUCUAAACAUGAACCAAGAACAAUUGUUUGCAGCGUCAGAAAUACUUGACGCUUCUCUCACAAUUGAAAUAGUAGAGCUGUUCACUGGCUUACAGCUAACCUCGCUAAGUACCUUGCCGUACGUAAUAUGCGGGUGCUGUAGAGACGUUCUUAAAGCUUGGCUUGAAUUCCGUAACUGCUGUUUAAGCAACGAUGUGCUUUUUAAACAAUCGCUUCGUAUGAAAUCCGAACCCUUCAGCAAUAAGAUGGAUGAAAAAUUAAUAGAUCAUAACGACAUAAAGGAAGGAGGAUCCGUCGAUGCCUUAGCUCCAGACGAUGAACAAGAUAAAUGCGCAUCAUCUACGGAAGAAAUGGAGUACAAAACAAUCUUCGAGGUUGCAACAAAUGGUGAGCUUGCAGAACAGCAUAGCCACAUUAUGCAAACAUGUUCAAAUCUGGACAAUGAAGAGCACAGCAUUGUAGAUCAAUCGCUUGAAAAAACGGAAAAAUCUUUGACCAAUAGCAAAAGCCAGCUGUGCGUUACAUGUGGAAAAUUGGUAAAAAAUUUACGGUACCACACCGGUACCCAUGCAAACGAUAUCGCCUCCUACACUUGUCCCCAUUGUCCAAAGAAAAUGAAAAACCAAUCGAAUCUCGUUCGCCACAUACAGGCGGUCCAUUUGAAGAUGGUUGUUAAAUCUUGUGAACCAUGUGGAAGAGGAUUUUCUCAUAUCAAUUCGUACAAGGCACACAUGCGAUCUCGGCAUGGAAUUGGAGAAACAUAUCAGUGCAAAUCAUGCUUGAAAACAUUUAAACAGCCUAGCGGCUACAAGAAACACGUAUCUCAAGCACAUAGCAAUGAAAGGAAUUUUGUAUGUUCGAUAUGUGACAAGCCGUUCAAGGAUAUGCAAGCAUUGAAGCAGCACCAUAAUGUACAUUCUGGUGCGCGACUGUACGAAUGCAGCAUGUGUCCGAAAAAGUUUAAAGGAGCAAGUGCUAAAAGAACACAUGAAUUGACCCACGUUGCGGUCGUUUUUAAGUGCAACCGCUGUGAUAAAUCGUACCAGUACAAAUGUCUCUUAAACUUGCACGUUAAGAAAAAUCAUCCAGAAGAUAUUUAAGCGGGCCGAACUGAAAUGGAUGAAACAGUUAUUUUCAUCGAAGUUUAUUUCAAAAACAAAAGCAAAUUUAGUUAAGAAAUAGUUACAUGAAAUAGAAAACAAUUAAAAUAAAAGCGAUUAAGGUAUCGUAUUCAUAGCCGAUGAUCCUUCCGAAACGGUGCAUCCUGCUGACCCGAUUAUCGCGGAGUCGGCUAUUGCUAAAUUGAUAGCGUCUAAAGAACAACACCAAUGAACAAUUGUUACGGAAAAUUACUAUUAAAUAGGCAGAACAAACCCAAUCAAUCAUAACGCUCGUUCUAAAAUAAGAAAAUUAAUAACAUUUAAAAUCUUUUUGACAGUACACCGUAUGUACCGGACAGAAUGAUGAGCCAUCUCGGCGUUUGACGUUUUGCGUCUGUGUUGUUAUUAAACAAACCUCAGUACGGUGUACGACAUGGUAGAAACGCUGCGGGAAAUAAAUCAAAUUUGCCGACUUUGUUUGUGCGAGCAAAAGGAAUUGUUAAUUCCAGUUAAGCAUGCAUUCAGCUCCUUGCUUACCACCGAGGAUGUCGCCAUAUUCACCGGUAUACAGCUUUCGGUGGAAAACAACGUUCCCUACGUGAUAUGCGUUGAUUGUAAAAACACAUUAAGAAAAUCAGUUGCCUUUCGCAACUUGUGCUUGCGCAAUGAUCGACUCUAUAGUCAACUGUUCGCAGAAUUCAUUGCGAAUGCUGGACAAGAAUCCAACAUAGAACAGCAACAUUGCAGGCAAGAAAGAAAGCAACCAAAAAAAAGCUAUAAACCAAAAUACAACGAUAUUGACGAGAGUAACCAUGAGGAUAUAGGUGACACUGAAGUUAUCAGUUUGAACAAUACAACAGCACAAUAUCGCUUCGGUAGCAAGCAACUAUCUGAUUCCUGUUAUAGCGAAGAGUUACAGGAAUGUGUCCUUAGUCCAAAUAAAAAUGAAGCGAUUGAAGUUGAAAUACUGUUACCAAAACCGGCACGAUCAGUUAUCAAUAAUGCAAAAAUCCAUAAGGAAGUAUCAACUAUUAGUGAAACAACAAAUCUGGACGAUUCGAAACUGUGCGACAUGUCCGACGAGUUUUUUUACCCGUAUACAUCAAGGCAACUCUGUGAAAUAUGUGGCCAGAUGGUAACUAAUUACAAACGGCACUUGCUAAGCCAUACGAAGCAAGCGAGAUUCGCCUGUCCACACUGUUCCGUGCAAAUGACGGACAGUUCCAACCUUUUGCGCCAUAUAAGAGCCGUACACAACAAAACAAUCGUUAAAACUUGUGAAAUAUGUGGUAAAGGAUUCACACACUACAACACCUACAAUUCCCACAUACGCUCCAAGCAUGAUAUCGGAGAAAAGUACGAGUGCAAAAUUUGCUUUAAAAAAUUCAACCACCACAGUGGCGUUAGGGAACACACGAAACGUGUACACAACUUUGAAAGCAAAUUCGGAUGCACACUAUGCCCCAAACGGUUCAAGACUAACAAAGCAUUGCAAAUACACGGCAGGGUGCAUUCUAACGAGCAGCCGUACGCAUGCAACCAAUGCCCGAAACGGUUCAAAAGUGGGUAUGCUCGCAAUAUUCACCAGGUUACGCAUAGUGGCAUUGUUUUUUCCUGCCAGAUAUGCGAUAAGUCUUAUCGGUACAAAUCCUUGCUUAACAUCCACCUUAGAAAAACUCAUCCAGAAUUGUGUCCCCAAACUGUUGACGAAUAUGGCGGUACCAUUUAGUAAUGUAAAUACAAAUAAAGCUAAUUAUGAACAAUAUUUCCCAGUUA